AAAGUAAUGAAUUUCAUCUUGAAAAUGCAACUUAUCAAACGUAACCAAAGCAUAAUUUUAGACUUUUGUAUGCCCUGCAGAAUACAUCUCAAAGACAUGUAGGUGUGAAUGCACACAAGUGGAUAUUCGCCUUACAACACGUUAUCUUCUUGAGAAGAAAAUCCUAUGUUUGCACUUAAGAAGGGAAAGCUUUCUUAAGUGCAAACAUUUUUACUCCUAAAGACUAAAUAUCAAUCAUUAGAUUAGGGAUGAAAGGAACAUUUUUCCAAGGAAGUCGGGGGUAUUUCAUAGUUAGAGGAGCACUGCUAGGAAAGGCACAAUGUCACAGAAAUUGGUGAUUUUUUUCAAAGUGGCUACUUCUUGGAAAAGGUCAUUUUUCAAAAGUUGGGGGCACAUAGCCCUUAUGCUCCCCCAGUUCCAACGUCCCUUACUAUUUUCCAGAGACUCCAGAGUACGGGGGCGUCGUCUCUGUUCUCUUUUUAAAAUGUUUCGACAUUAUUGAGUCAUAGUUUGAAUUUAGAUAGAUCAAGGGUUGAUAGAAGCCAUUUUUAGUCAGGCUCUAUCAAGUAAGCAAAAACCAUAAACAGUGAGUUCAAUAGGUAAAACUUUUCUAAAGUGCAGGGAAAUAGUCCUAAUUUUAAAAUGAAAUCUCAAUGUAACUUACUGAAGUAACUUCAGGGGAGAUGUCCCCACAAAUCCGUACGAGAGCACUUGAAAGAGACUGCGCCUCCACAGCGAGGACACCAGAGAAGCAAAACAAAGUUCGAAAAUGGCGGCCGUAUCGGUUGGGGACUCUGAUAGCGGAGUACGGCAAGAGUUCCAUGAGCUGAGGGCUUUCAUGAAUGAUCAAUAUAAUAUGACAACAUCUGUUGUCUUUGAUCCACAAGAAGAGCUUUUCUGGGUCGGAACAAAUUCAGGACACAUAACUUCAUACUAUGGACCAGAGUUUCAUAAAUAUACAGCUUUUCGUGGUCACAUCACAGAUGUCAAACAAAUUGUACCAGAUUCUUAUGGUGUGUUGUCCCUGACAUCCAACCAGAUACGGUAUACUACUAGGCAGGGACUAAAAAGUUUUGAUGCAACGGAAGAGACUAUGCAUAAUAUGCAGUGUAUGGUUCAUUAUGACAGCAAUUAUGUUACCAUAGCUGGUCACCAAGACCACUUUUAUGAGGUGGACAUGACAUCUGGUGAAGUCUACCAAAGAGAAAUUGAAGUUGAUCCUGGUAUUGUGAUGAUGAAGCAUUCAAAUCAUUUUCUUUGCUGUGGGGAUAGUCAAGGAAAGGUAACUCUGAGGGACCCAGAAACCCUUGAGUCUGUGCAUGUUCUGAAAGCCCAUGGUCAAGCAUUGUCAGAUUUUGACAUUCACGAGAACACAUUAGUUACCACUGGAUUCUCUUCAAGAUAUGGUCACUUGAGCGUUGAUCGUUUUCUUAUGGUUUAUGACCUAAGGAAUUUACGUGCCUUUCCACCGCUACAGGUCCCCCUGGACCCGUAUCUUGUUCAUUUCAUGCCAACAUACACAACACGGUGCGUCGUCGUCUCACAGGCUGGUCAGUUUUUGUUUUGUCAACCUGAAAAUUUGGUAUACGAUCCGUUGAUAUACCAAGCCAGCACUCAUGGGGCUGCAGUGAUGGAUUUUGACAUCUCCUCCUCAUAUCAAGCAUUAGCAUUUGCUGAUUCAUCAGGCUGCAUUCACAUUUGGUCGGACAGGGGAGAGAAUGAGCUUGUUUACAAUGGCUAUUCGAAUCCAACGUUACUUGCAGAUGAGGUUCAGAGUCAUCCGCCAUUGUCGUUUGAUGACUAUUCAGUAUCAUUUUCGUCCAUUCCAAUGCCUGAGUGUAGGGAAACCCUUCUUUCGGACUGGCCAGAACAUCUAAAUCAGAUGGGUGACAGGAAAACCCCAGAUGUUGAUCCAGAAAUACUUCAAAACAUGACAAUUCGACAGUCGGUUGGCUAUGCUCCGAACCCAAAGAAAAGGUUAAGAAACCAGGUCGCAUAUAAAUUUGACAAAUCAAACUUUUAUGGAGAGUUUGAAAGAAAUCCUCCGGAAUCUCCUCUAAAGCGAGAUUCAACUUCAUCUAUUCCGAAAAUGUACAGAAAAGUCGACAUAAAAUAUUCAAAGUAUGGAAUCGAGAAUUUUGACUUCAGGCAUUACAACCAUACGAACUUUGCAGGCCUAGAAAUCCAUAUACCAAACGCCUAUUGCAAUGCAAUGCUUCAGGUACUGUAUUUUGUGGAGCCCUUGCGUUGCUGCAUGCAGAACCAUGGCUGCCAGAAGGAGUUCUGCUUGGCUUGUGAACUGGGUUUCUUGUUUCGCAUGCUUGAUAUAGCAGAAGAUCAAACCUGUCAGGCCACAAACUUUCUACGAGCAUUCCGCACAAUUCGGGAAGCAUCCGCACACGGACUGAUUCUAUCAGAUAUGGAUGAAGUACGGAGGAACCAAAGUCUAGAAAAAGUCAUCCAAAACUGGCAUCGCUUUGUUCUGCAGCAGAUUCAUCAGGAUACUAUGGAAAAGGUAAAACAAUCCGAAAAAGAAGAAAAUGAUUCGCCUAUUGAUGAAAACGAAUCAUCAAUUGUUAAAGAUAUUUUCGGAUCACAACUGGAAAUUACAGAAAAGUGUAAAUGUGGAGCUGAGAAAAAGAGGGACUCGACAGUUUUUUUAUUUGAUAUGCAGUAUCCAGAGAAAUCUGAAUUAGGUGAAAAGGGGCUUUCAUUUGUGAAUUUUUUGCGAAAUAGUAUUUCGAGGCAGCAUUCUCUGCAAGCUUGGUGCGAAGGCUGCAAAAAAUACCAAUCCACAACACAAACGAAAACUUUGAAAAAGUUACCAGAUGUUUUGAGUGUUAAUUGUCGAUUAGACCAAGCGAGGAAGCUUGAGCUCUGGCAAGAACUUGUGAAGUCCUGCCAAUCAAGUCAUCACCAUAAAUCGAGUGUUUCACCUCCAAAGGCUUGCAGAUAUGGAAAACUAUGCACAAGACAGGGCUGUAGAUUCUUCCAUGGUAGAGAUGGUGAACCUGUUUCAAGCCAUUCCAUCAAAGACGGCGAUGGUCACUUCAAAUCUGUUCUACCAAUGUGGCUAGAAGUAAGAGUUGACCCCUCAAGUGGCGAAUUAGCGAUCAAAGAGUUUGAUCCUAAGGACGGUAGUACUGAUAUGGACGAGCACCGAGUUGUGUAUGCCUUGUCUGCAGUUGUCUCCUGUGUUCAGGAUGCAGUCGAUGGAAAUACUCUUGUUGCUGCCGUCCAUGUUGGCGAAACAUACCAUGAACGCAAGGAGGACAUAAAGAGGAAUGGCUGGUACCUUUUUAACGAUUUUGCAAUAACCCCAAUAACAGAACAUGAAGCUGUGGAUUUUUAUCCUGGAUGGAAAGUACCCUCCUGUGUUGUUUAUAAUCGCAUCGACCUGCUUUCAAGAUACGACCAGUCAAUUGAGCCGCAGAUUGACAACAAAAUUCUGGUGUCAGAUACCUCACUAGCUCAGCGCCAGACGAGAUUUCUGAGGCAGUUCAUACCUUUAAAUGCAUCAGAAAUUCAGCUUGAUGAAGACAAUGUUGUCGGAAUUGAUGCUGAGUUUGUCACCCUGAACCAGGAAGAGUCUGAGAUGCGAAGUGAUGGGACAUUGUCUACCGUGAAACCAAGUCAAAUGUGUGCUGCAAGGAUAACUGUCGUUAGGGGGUGGGGUACUUUGAUGGGAGUUCCCUUUAUCGAUGACUAUAUAUCUACUUCGGAGCAGGUCGUCGAUUACCUGACCAGAUUUUCUGGGAUCAAACCUGGUGAUCUUGAUGCAAACAUGUCUUCGAAACACCUCACAACUUUAAAAACAACCUACCAGAAACUGUUGCAUCUUAUUGAUCGAAAGAUUACCUUCAUCGGUCAUGGCCUAAAAAAGGAUUUUAGAGUCAUCAAUAUAGUGGUACCUCGAAAUCAAAUAAUUGAUACAGCCGAACUUUUUAGAGUGAGAAAUCAGCGAUAUAUUUCCCUGAAGUUUCUUGCUUGGCAUUUUCUAAAUAUAAAAAUUCAGUCAGACAGCCAUGACAGUGCAGAAGAUGCGUACACGGCUGUGAAAUUGUUUCGCAAGUACAAAGAAAUUGUUGAUUAUUCUGGAGACGAACAGUUUGACAGAGAACUUGAAAUUCUGUAUGAUACUGGGAGACAAUUAAACUGGCAAGUUCCGGAGUGAUUAAUGUUUUUAAGCUCAGCGGUAGACAGAUACCGUUCCCGUGUUUUUAGCUUCACUGCCCGAAGGGGGGAGUGUCUAUGACCUUUUUGCCAGCAGGGGUAUGUCUAGUAAUAACCUGAUUAUUGACCAAUAAAUGCUAAAUUUGUGAAUUACAUAUUCAGAUUUAUACAAAAGCGUAAGAAUUUUCGUCCACGCUUCUUUAUCGAUAAAUUUGUACAGAUAUUUAUAGCCAUUAAAGGAACACAAAAAUUCUUUGUUUAUGUGUACAUUCUGUGUGGUGACAAAAUCUUUGUUGUUGAUUUUUGUAAAGCAAUAUAUUUCCAAUUCCAUGAGAAUAUGAACCAUGUGCUUACUAUCUUUUUUAACAAAAUCCAAGUUUGUUUAAAUUUCCAGAAGAGAUGCCCCUUACAUUGCCUGACAAUUUCAUCAAUAAUCAUUAGCAAAAACUUGCCAGAUACUUUCCCGUCUCUUCCCUGUUGGUAAUUGAACCAGUCGGGUACAGAAAUGGGGUUUGACUGUUUUAAAGUAGCUAUUCAACUCUGGUUGCCGUGUUAUGUCGUACAUAAUUUUGCUUCCCUUGCUGACGGCAAUGUCUUGCAUUAAUCGUGCAAAAUUUUGCGGCUCAGAUUUCUCUAUCCUGCGAACCAUCAACCUCGAUUACUUGAACUGCCAAGAUCUAAGCCAAUGUUUUAAGUUCUAACUAGCACAGAGUGCACAUCGAUGUGAAUAACAAGAAGCUGUUGUAUUGAUUGAGAGAAUUUUACUUCCUGAACAUAAAUUUGCAUCUUCUUUGUCUCGAGUAUUAUCAGUAAAUCAUGUUUACACACAGAAAACGCAGACAUUGCAAUGAUACAGAAAGUUAUCUACUGAAUUGAUGCAAAUAAUAGACGAAUAAUAGAACAAGUUAGUUAACAGAUAAAAGAAAAUCAAGCAGUAUAUAAACAGUUUGUUCUCUUUUUAUUUCAUACUUUCUUCUCAAAAAUAAUAAAAAUA